CGAAUGCCCACCCCUACCACCACCUGAUGCAGCGAAAUCCACAGCGUUUCCCUCCCCUGUACCUUCCUGUGAGGAAGCCAUGCCUGCAGAAAUUAUCAAAGGUGGUGAAUCAACAGAUGUUGCCGCGGCAGAGACCUGUGCAGGGAUUUGUCCCGUCGGGGAGGCAGUUGUGGUUCGAGUGGAUAACCGGAGGGCUGGUACUAUUGCUACUACUGCUAUGGUAGGAGCAUCAAGAGCGUCGAGAACGAUGAAGCGACCGAGACUGUUUUUGCCUGGGCAGAGUAUAUUGGACAGGGGCCCAGCAUCAUUGAACCAGACACUGAGAGCAUCACUCGUGGAGAGGAAAAUCAAGAAGGCUGGCAGGUUGACCAAGUUGUUGGCAUUGUUAGGGUUGGAUCAAUUUGUGAUGAUCUUCCGCAGCAGUAGCGUUGGUAAGUUUCAGCUGGUUAACCUGACGAUGGAGAAGCUGAAAGAUAUGGGUGCUGAUGUUGUUGGUCCAAGGAGGAAGUUGAUGCAUGCUAUUGACUGCAUUUGCCAGUCAUCGUGCUAAGACUUUCAUGGUUGUUGCUACAGUUCUCUGACGCAUAUGGAAAUCCUGAAAUUGGGUUGUCUUUGAAGGCAAACAGUUUGGUGUCCAAACUUUAAUGCGACAGUUUCAUCAGCAAUAUCAGGAGUGGGUCAGUAUCCCUGUUAAUCGGGUGAACCGUUCCUUAAGUAUUGUGGCGGGUCGCCUAGGUGAGGAGGGCCCCUCGUCUAUUGUUUGCACGUGGGAUGGGGCAACAAGGGCUGGGUCGCACUCGGCUGGUGGUUUAGUUGUUAAGGAUUGUGGGGAGGGUCAUGGUGGCCAAAGGAAGUUUCCGGAUAUUGAUGAUCCGAUGGUAAUUGAGCUUCUUGUUCUCCGGGAAGCUAUCACUUGGUGUCUGGAGCUGGGUUUCACGGGGGUGCGGUUUGAGGGGGACGCCAAGGUUGUUAUUGACAAGCUUAAUCAGGCCGACACUCGGGAUAGCAGAUUGGGGAGCAUCCUGGAAGAAGUUGUGAGGCUAUUUGCUAGUCAGAAAAUAUUCUGUGU